AUAUUUAUUGAAUAUCAAAAUGACAUGUAUAAUUUUCAAACGAAUCAAUGACAUGAAUCUCAAUAUCGAAGAAAAAUGUUUUCAACCGAAAUAUUCUUAUAUCUCAUUAUCUUAGUUUCAGUUUCAAGAAAUGAGGAAAAUAGCACGAUCAAAAUUAACGAAAUCUCAAACAAUACAACCACAACAAUGAAUACUACAACUCUAGAAAUGGAACAGAAGGGAUCAGAUGCCACAACUACUACGCAAAACUCCACAAGCAUCGAAAAUGAGCAAGAUACAACAAUGAAGACACAGUUGAAAACCAAAAACGCAGUACUUAUGGAGAUUCAAAAACACACCAAGAGUGUGGAGAUCGUGGAUCACCCAUAUUUAGUUUCCAUAAUGAGGGAUAUGAUCCAUACCUGUUGUGGUACCAUCAUAACAAAUUUUUGGGUCCUGACAGCAGCCCAUUGCUUAGCUUUGCCCGGUCCUACGCUAUUCAUCCCAGAUGUCACUACAUUCGCAGUGGUGGCUGGCCAGUCUCAACUAGGCCUGGGCAAAAUGCAGCUGAGGAGAGCGAAAAAUUUAUAUCUACACAAUAGUUUCGUGAAAAAGAUGCUGAUCAACGACAUUGGCAUGAUUUUGCUCUAUGAGCCUUUUGAACUAAACGAAUACGUGAAUGUUGUUCCUCUUUCGUCUUCCAUCAGUAAACCGUAUAAAUUUUUCAGCUAUUGCUCCGUUGUUUCCUGGACGGUAUACAGGAAGGAUUUUCUCAAUUUCGACAAGUUGAAGGCUGAAGAAGAGAAGACCAAGAAAAUGUUCAAGGUUCCUGAAUUGCAAAUGACCAAAUUGCCGACCAUAAAUAUUGAUGAAUGCUUUGAACGUAUCGGCGUGAAGGAAUUCCUCACUGGAACUCACAUUUGCACUGAAUACGGAACCUUCAAGAAUAUUUCUUGCGCAACAGAUUCUGGAGGUCCUUUGAUUUGUGGUGACAGGCAAUAUGGUAUAUUUUCCUGGGGUAUCGGUUGCGACGAUUACAUAUAUCCUGGAGUUUUCACCAAUGUAGCUGCUUUCAGAAAGUGGAUCAACGAUGUCCAAACAGACCCUGAUGAGUACAUUUCAAGAAACAAGGGAAUAACUACGUUUCAUUUGAAGUUUCCUGCAUUACUUCUCAUAGGAAUUCAUCAUUGUAUAACCAUUGAUUUAUAAUAGUGAAGAAAAGAUAUAAAAAUACCAUUUCCUCUAUUUCAUUUCACAUCCUCAACAUGAAAAAUCGCAAUUCAUUAAAAAGAUUUGCUUCUUUUGGUUUUAUUGUAUAAUUUGAAUCUAAA